CGGAAUGUAUAUAUAUCUUUGGCUCUAGGUCGUAAUGUUUGCUUAACAAGUACUUGGUAGGAACAUCUCCGGCGCGGAUUUCUAAGAAAAUAUUUUCAAGACCACUGUUAUUUCUAUUCUCCAAGUGCAAACGCUACUGCUAUCUAACCCCCCUUUUCGUCAACUAGACAUUGCUUAAAUACCAGGGCACCGUCGAGCACCGAGCCUGGUAUGCCCUAAAUGAAGUAGGCGUAACUGGAAGUAGAAUUGAACCGAUUAUGAAAUCGAUUUCCAGUACAUGUUGUUCAGAGGCUUGCAUAUUUCGAUUGCACAAGCAAUGACAGAGAGUUGGGUUGUUGUGAAGGAAAUUUGCGAGGAACAUGUUCCUAGUAAAUUACCUAAAACAUCCUUCUAAUGAGUGUUUAACCAUUACAGGGCAGAGAAGACAAAGAGCUAGAAAAAUUAGUGUACUGUGCCACUCAUGAACCGGCGGAAUAGUGUACUGACAUUGUUUGUCGCAGCGAUGGCGAUGCUGUCUUCAAAUGGAUGCCAGCUCAUGUGUAAGAUCUUGCGAUUGAAAUCGAUCUGGUCGGCAUCUGUCUCCUUGCGCAUUCUCUGGCCACCGGGGCUAGUCGAACGGGAACCCCCCUUCUUACCGUUUGAUGUUGGGCUAGUGGGAGCGUUGAUUGGUGCUGGAACGCCAACCUUUUUCGCUUUGAAAGCAGACUUAUCUGCUUGAAGAACAACCUCCAUUUCCUUAUCGGGGUCUGAUGGAUAUAUCAUAACGUUGUUGUUAUAGCUUCCCGUCAUAACAUUCUUUGCAUCGCCCGAAAAAACGACUUCAAAUUUGUCGAAAAUGCUGUCGUUUUCGUACGUGUCACAGAGACGAGGUCGUAGGUGUUCGUGAAUGGGUAUCGUCUUGACCGGUUGUCGCUCCAUGUUGAUAUCCCAAAUCUUUACGGUUAGGUAGUCUCGCGAGAGAAUGUAUCGGCCAUCAAACGAGAACGAGACAUCAGAGAUUGAUGAAAUGAUUUCCGAGAAGAACGAUCUGGUGGACGGAUCUUCCUCCUGCUCGAACACUGUAAUUGCCCAUGGUUAGAUGCUAUGAGGUAGAAUAAGGAUAAUGACGAGAGGCAAACAUACACUUAGCAUGCUGGUCGCAGAGGGCACUUUCUCUCAUAUCGGCCAACUUGAUUGUACCCUUUGAACUGGCAUACAUGAACCAAUUACAACUCAUAGGAUGGAAUUCAGCUGCUGUGAUAACUUCGGUGAGCUCUUCCAUGUUGGCAGGUUUGAUAUCAACGAUGUUGAAGCUUUGAUCUUGUAUGUUUAGGUUCCACAAAUUGAUCCGGAGAUCGUCGCUGCUGAUAAAAGUCUCGCCGUCACUAUUGACAGAGAUGCUAUUAAUGUGAUACGCAUGUGCGUUCGCAUAAGUACGGCGUGGAACAGCCGCAACAACGGUGUCGUGGUGUGUAAGCCUCGGAAGCUUCAAGUCAGCAGCAUUUCGGAACUGCUGCGUUGAUGCUAAGGGACGUGCCGCUCCUGCACCUGUCGCACUACCUCCUGGUGUCAAGUCCUGGGAAAGGUUGUUUUCGGCAACAACUUUAAGCGAUUUCUCGAAUACUUUCCAGAGUUUGAUAGUUUUAUCGUUGGUUGAUAAGAGGUAGUGUGACGCGUUUUGGCGGCGACACCACUUGAUUUUGUUGAUUUUUUCCUCAAUUUCUAGGGACUUGAGAUAGUCAAAUUCGGGUUCGUGUGAUUGAAACUCGGUAUGGAACUUGUACUCGCACGACUUUUUCUGUUGGAGAUGAUGUUAGUGUUGUGAUCUUGGGCUCACCGACAAAAAGCCACAACUUGCCGUCUCGUUGCGCUCAAAUAGUACAACGCGCCCGCCUUUGUCUCCGGUGGCAAGAUAGUUACCCGUAUGAUCGAAUUCCACAGUAGAGAUGAUAUCGGCUGUAGAUAUGUCAGCUUCGAAGCUUGUGCCAAUAAUGAGGAGAGGAUUUUCUAGGCAGUAGUACCUUCUGUGAUGUCGGCCACGUCCCCUUUAUCACCAAAACAUCUACACCAUGAUUAAUUUGAUGAAGAAACAAAGACCUUACGAGAUAUCAUACUGCGUGAACUUCCAUGUUGGCGAGUUAGGCUCGCUGUCGACCAUUUUGGCUAAUCGCGACGAUGCGUAACCUGGCGUAAGGCGGGCAGAGGUCGAAAUGUAGUUGAAGGGAGCCGAAAACAAUCUCAAAAGAUAGCGCGGGCGCUUUAAAAUAAAUUGGCCUAGUCUUCAAUGCAAAAAAGGCCUAGUCGUAAGUGUUUGUUUCGUGUUGGCGAUGCUGCACACGCCUAGGUCAUGGCGAUGGGCGGGAUGGAGAUGGAGAUGUGGAUGAUGUCGUCUGGCGUGGUGGGUCCCAAGGGCAGCAGCUCCCUCCCAAAAGUCUGCGCACCAGCAGAAGCCUGAGGCGCAACUAACUUGGACCGUUGGAUAGUUCCCGCUUCAAAUAAGACCUACCUACAGAGCAAACAAGGGAGUGUAGAAUAUUGUUUUUUUUUUUCGAGAAAAAAAUAUCCUUUCGCAAUUCUGGAAUGAAUUUAUCAGGAUCUGCAGCAAAUGGAAAUCGGCUAGGCAAGCCUAACACUCAAUUCCCGUGCCCAAGACUCCAGAAACCAUCUAGUAGACAGCAAGGAAAAUUUUCGGACUACUGUAAAUGCUGUUAUCGUAGUUAUUUGAAAAACAUUCCAUAGCAUAACCGAUAUUUGUUAUCUAGAUCGCAGCGAGGGGCUCAGGUCAGUCUCCUUCAAGGGCGGACGAGUAGAGCGUCGUCCGAGACCAAUGCUGAUAUUAAUAUAAAUGCCCUUCGGCGAUAAAUAAUAUUCAAACUCACUGGAAAAGCAAAUGAGGUAAUAUUUAUUCACCUUUUGAAGUAGAGAGAUGUAUUGACGAAAGGAUCUCGGCCGACUCUGCACCAAGCCCAGCGGCUUCGGGACAGUGUCCUUAGCCGCGGAUCCGCCCGACAUGUGAGAGAGUAGGUGAAUUGCAGGUAUAGUUAUAUAUACUAACGCAUGAUCCAUUUAUUCCUUUUUCUAAAGAAACAUUUAUUUCGAUAUUUAAAGAGCAAUACUAAACAUCUGUCGUUUAAUAUCCACUAAUGAAUAAUGUCUCAAGAUGGACAGACAACGGACAACCUCGGCCAGGGCGGAGUACCAGAUGAUGGGCACCGGGAUGCUAAAGGCAAAGGGAAAGCAACAAAGUCGAAUUUUGUCGAUCGGUUGCAAGAUUCUGGUCAAAUGGUUUUAAAAUCAUUGACUGGAACCCCUUCCGAGCUUGGCAUAAUUGGGGCCAAUAACAAGCUUACUGGAGAGUGCAGUGGCACAAAUAGGCUCGAGAGUAUGGGUUCAAUUUACGCAACUAAGCUGUCACCACAAAACACAUGGCAUGAGACUUAUCGCCAGUCGAAGCACCAAGAUGCCAACACAUUAUAUGAUACAUUCUUGGAUGCACCAACUCAAACGCUGCAACAAUUGUACCCGGGCGGAGAGCUACCCAUUUUAUCAAUUGCAGCCCAAGAAGCAAGUGAUGGGGCUGAAGCCGUCGAGCUUCUUGACAGAUUAGAGGACGACCCGUGUAACUGGGAGGAGGAAGACGGGUUAUCUUGGGGAGAGGCGGACAGGUGGCAAGCUUCAAUUUCGCCAUCUGAAAACAAGUGCGUUGAGCAUCUUGACUUUACUCCCGCAUUCUUUUCUGAUCAUUCGACUCUAUCGGCGGAAUCUAUAAGCUACUUGGGAGUGUCGGACCUCUCAGAAGCACAUCCAACAUGGACGCAAUAUUGGGGCGAGGUGAUCUCGUCUUAUACAAGUUAUGUUUGGGGCGAUUUACCGUUUCCUGUUUCUGAUUGCCCCAUUAAAGAUUCUCAAAACACUCCGUUGGUGCCUGUGCCAAGUGGAAGUAGUGCCUUGAGUCGCCUCCGCCAGAUAUUGGCACAUGUCCGUGGUCGUUUGUGACAUGCAGGUGCAUAUGGCACCGUUGCUGAGCCAACAACAAUCUAUAAGCACAGAUUUAGGAACAGAAGCUCUCUCUGUCAAUGAUAGAUGGGAUAAUUUUUUUAAUCGAUAAAUUUCCUUUCAAUUAAGAAUAAUAUAAAACUUUUUAAAAAACUUUUUUUCUUGAUGCAGAUAUCAAAUAUCAAAACAAGCCGGAUCGUGUCAGUGAUGAACUAGGCUACGGUACCCCACCACUCCUCUCCUUGAACACAGGUCCGCUGGUUGAAGGUUUGCGCAAUAUAUCAUUAUCGCAGCGUCUAUUUCGAGAAUAUGUCCAAGUUUACCUUAUUUAGUUCGAUUUUUACGUUCUUGGUAACAGUUUUGUGCUACCCAGAACCAAGCCCGACUUUUAUCUCCGGCUCCUUGGUGCAAUUUAACGCCCGAGCCGCUUGUCCGGCCAAUACAUUCCAGUGCCCAACCUCUCUCGGUGCUGUCUUCAGCGACAUUUGCUGCGCGCAAGGACAAAAGUGCGCUCUGGAUGAUAAUAGAAAGCCAGCAUGUUGUCCGCAGGGUGCUGUCUGCACCGGUAUUGCCCCAAGCGGUCCCUCACCGACUAUAUCCUUUGUGUCGAAUUCGUACUUUCCUUUCCCGUAUGCCCCAAGCAGCUUUAGCGACCGUGCGGCGUGCUCUUCCGCGACUAGUACAUGCUCCAAACAAUAUCUUGCGUGUAUGACGAACCUUCAACAUGGAGGGGGCCAAGGAUACGCUGUGACAGUGGCUGUUGCUGGGGGCGGCGGUACGACGGUGAACGGUAUGAUAACAACCGGUAUUGAUGCGGCAAAAGCAACAUCUGUUUGCUCUAGUCUAAAAUCCGAGGCUUGUUCACAGGCCGAGGCAACUCCAUGCGAGAGUUAUGGGGGGAGUUCGAGCGCAGCACCAGUGGCCCGAGUCCCCGGUUACUUCAUCGGACUACUGGUUGUUCUCAUAUGUUGCGGAUUCUAAGAAUCCCAAGAUGCUUUUUGGCAUACAUUCACGAUUAAUGAGUCCAAUGAGUUCCCAGUAUAUGUAUAUUUAGCAAACUUCAGUCAAUCACAUAGAUACAAUCAACAUUAUUUCUCCCACGUCCCAG